AUGUUUAACUUUGGGUCUGACCCCUCCCUGCCUCCCCCUGCCUCCCCCUGCCUCACACUCCCUCCCUGCCUCACACUCCCUCCCUGCCUCACACUCCCUCCCUGCCUCACACUCCCUCCCUACGCCUCCCCCUGCCUCACACUCCCUCCCUACGCCUCCCCCUGCCUCACACUCCCUCCCUGCCUCACACUCCCUCCCUACGCCUCACACUCCCUCCCUGCCUCACACUCCCUCCCUGCCUCACACUCCCUCCCUACGCCUCCCCCUGCCUCACACUCCCUCCCUGCCUCACACUCCCUCCCUACGCCUCACACUCCCUCCCUGCCUCACACUCCCUCCCUGCCUCACACUCCCUCCCUGCCUCACACUCCCUCCCUGCCUCACACUCCCUCCCUACGCCUCACACUCCCUCCCUACGCCUCACACUCCCUCCCUACGCCUCACACUCCCUCCCUACGCCUCCCCCUGCCUCACACUCCCUCCCUGCCUCACACUCCCCCCCUGCCUCACACUCCCUCCCUGCCUCACACUCCCUCCCUGCCUCACACUCCCUCCCUACGCCUCACACUCCCUCCCUACGCCUCACACUCCCUCCCUACGCCUCACACUCCCUCCCUACGCCUCCCCCUGCCUCACACUCCCUCCCUGCCUCACACUCCCUCCCUACGCCUCACACUCCCUCCCUGCCUCACACUCCCUCCCUACGCCUCACACUCCCUCCCUGCCUCACACUCCCUCCCUACGCCUCACACUCCCUCCCUACGCCUCACACUCCCUCCCUACGCCUCACACUCCCUCCCUACGCCUCCCCCUGCCUCACACUCCCUCCCUGCCUCACACUCCCUCCCUACGCCUCCUCCUCCCUCCCUCCUCCCUCUGACCCCUCCCUGUCUCCUCCUUCCUCUUCCUCCCUCUGACCCCUCCCUGCCUCCUCAUCCCUCCCUCCUCCCUCCCUCUGACCCCUCCCUCUGA